UCAUCCGCUGCCGCAGCCGCCGCCGCCGCAGCUGCAGCAGCAGCCACCGCUGCCGCAAACGCUGUUAGCCACAAUCAACACGGCCACCACAACAGUCACAACGCCAUUGGUCUCAACGGCGCCAGUGGCAACAACCACAACGACUACCACAGUCACAGCCUCAGUAAUGGCAAUGUGGAUGUUGGCAACAGCCACACGGGCAGCAGCACAAGUAGCAGCAGCAGCAGUAGCUUACUCAACUACAAUAGUCACAAUAAUCACAACAAUACGGGCGUUGGCACUGGCAACAGCGUGUCGAGCUUCAGUGGUGGUGGUGAGGUGGGUGUGGGUAUGAUGAGCGGUAUGGGUAGUUAUGGUGGCGGCUUCUUUGGCGCCGGCAGCACGGCCGGCGCAUCAGUAGCCAGCGAAUACAGUAGUUCAAGCGCCAACUGUUUCUAUGCUGCCAAUAUGUCGCAGACAGCGCCAGCAGCGGCAAAUGUUGUGAAUCCAACGACAAUGUUGUCUAACUACUGUGACGCAGCUAUGAUGAUGGCAGCAGCAGCGGUGAAUGCCAAUCAAUGCCUUCAGCAACACCAUCGAAUGAUGCUCGCUAGCAGCAGCAGCAACAACAGCAACAACAGCCAUAACCAAACAAACGAGGGCAACGACGACUUAGUAGAUGAUUCGAUUGGCCCAAACGGAAUCACAGGUGCAGCCGCACCGGCAGCGUCCGUGUCGUCGGUCGCCUCGUCCACCUCAUCAACUGCAUCGACAAGCGCUUCAUCAUUGUCAACUUCAACGUUGCCGUUGUCAACUGCCAAUUCGAAUACGGCCAGCGGCGCGACGGCAACUGUCAUCAGUCAGCAAUAUCAACAACAGCAACAACGGGGCACGCACGCACAGGCACAGGCGCAUGUGCAACACCUCACACACCACCAACAUCACCACAACCACCACAACCACCACCUGCAGCACCAGCAGCAGCAACAACAACAACAUCAGCAGCUGGCAUCGCCACCAAAUCUAAUCGAUAUCAGCGAAGUUCCUCUCAUUGUCGACGUCAAGUAGUAGAAAACAGUUUAGUGUAGUUGUAAUUGCAGUGAAAUAUCAAAAAAAAAAAAAGAAUAAGGAAAUCAUAAAGAUUUAAAAAAUAAGAAAGUUAAAUUGAAAGUUUACAAAAAAGAAAAAAAGCAAAAAAAAAAAAACAAAAAAAAUUAAGCCGACGCAGAAGUGAAGACGUAAAUUAUUAGCAAAAAUUUUUACUUUAUAAAGUUGUUGUUGGAGCGCAAUUUUUUCUCUUAGAAAUGACAACGCUGACGUACUUUUGUAAAUAUCCUUAACCAAUUAAUAUUUAUAGUAAUUUAUUUAUUGAAUUUAUUGAAAUGUUUCUCCAAAGCUUCGAAUCUUGAAGCCAAAGCUGGAAAAAAGAAAAAAAACGGAAAAACGGGAAAGUUGUGGGAAGUGCACGAAAACAGGCGCCUCGUUGCGAGAGUUCGCCGCAAAAAUAAAUCAGUUUCGUGUCUGCAAAGCAAUUGCCGUCGCUCUCCUCGAAAAAGGCCUAGACCUACCCAGUUUAGGGUGAUUCCCACAUGAGGCUUACAAUAUUUUCAACCAAAAAAAAAAAAA